AUGGAAGAUGAAGAGCGUGCUCACCGUGAUGCCCAUUUCCAAGAAGAGUUAGAGUCUCUAAAAGCAAGCGUAGCUCGCCUCACUAGCUUACUCGAGCAAACACUUAGAAAUGCCUCUGGAGAAGGUCCUUCCAAUCAGCCAACCCAGCCUUUAACAACAGCUCAAGCUGAAGAAACAAUGAGUAGGCACGGUCAAGAACCUCCAACAUUUGUGCACUCAAUGCCAUCAGCCCCAGCCCCUACAGUCCUAGAUCCAUUCGCCAAUGAGUCCCAUAAGACUAAGCCAUCUAAUGACAUUGACAAAGAUAAGAUGGCAGCGUUGGAAGUUCGGAUUAGAGCCAUUGAAAGGGUAGACUUAUAUGAUCCAGUACGGGCGGCAGAAAUGUGUUUGGUCCCAAAUGUGGUUGUCCCAAAGAAGUUUCAUGUUCCUGAAUUUAUCACAUACACUGGAACACAAUGCCCUAUGACUCAUCUCAAAUCCUACUGCAAUAAAAUGGCAGAAGUAGUACAUGAUGAAAAACUACUAAUGCACUUUUUCCAUGAUAGCUUAAGUGGGGCAGCAUUGAACUGGUAUAUGAAAUUGGACAACACAAGGAUUCGAAAAUGGAAGGACCUCGUAAAUGCUUUCAUUAAGCAAUACAAAUACAACAUGGAUAUUUCUCCUGAUAGAACCAGUCUGUCUAACUUGGAGAAAGGAGAUAAGGAAAGCAUUAGGGAAUAUGCUCAAAGGUGGAGAGACCUAGCUGCUCAAGUACAUCCUCCGCUUCUGGAUAAAGAGAUGGUCACUCUAUUUGCCAACACACUCAAGGCCCCCUAUUAUGAGCAUGUAAUGGGUAGUUCGGCCAAACAAUUUACUGAUGCUGUGGUAGUAGCUGAGCGCAUAGAACAAGGAGUAAAGAGUGGUAGAAUCUCUACACCUAGGGAUAAAAGGGGUUUUGAAGGGAAAGAAGUUGACUUAUAUCACACUCCAUCCUUUUCAUCCCAAAUCGCCAACAUCAAUCUCAUUUCAUCUUUUCCUACCAGAAAACUUGAGCCUCAAACCAAACAUCAAAGAGCCCAUGAACAACUACCUACAUUAUCGCUGCCCUUAAAUGAGAUGUACCAAAAGCUACUGAGUGUCGGGUAUAUAGCUCCUGAACCCUUGACACCUCUAAAACAACCUUACCCUAAUUGGUAUAAGCCCGACCUCACUUGCGAAUACCAUGCUGGCGCCGCGGGACAUGACAUUCAUACUUGUAGUGCCUUUAAGAAGAGGCUUGUGCAUUUAAUUAAAGCUGGAUGGAUAACCCUCGAUGGAACUCUAAACGUGAAGCAUGAGUAG